AUGUCUUCUUUUACGGGAUUUCUUGUGAAAAAAACAAUACAAGAUUAUCCAAUCCGAUAAUAAUUGGGUUAUUAUUAAGAUUUUUAGAGAUAGAACUUGACUCUCUAUAUAAAUAAAAAACUUGCAGAUAUGAGAUGUAUAACAAUAAUAAAUUAGUGUCAAAUGGCACAAACUCUGUUAAUGCUAAAAGUUUAGUUAAUUUAAACAUUUAAACUAAUAUUGAUACACCAAAUAAAGUGGUUAAAUUUAAAAGGAGAGAGAGUUAAUAAUAAGAAGGAUAAUCAAGACCAAAAACUUCAUAUCAUAAGAAAUAACAUAAGGUUUAACCAAAGCCAGAAUAAAAGGUUGCAUCUUUAAUAAAUGAUGAAUUAAUGAGAUAGAGUUCCACUAGUUCUUUAUAUCAGGAAUAUAAAAUGGCUAAUUUAAAGGCUAACCUACAAAAAUUAUAAGCAUAAAAAAAAUGUAAUCUAAUUGAACUUAAUCAUGUUGAAUUGAGUGAUGAUGAAUAGAUAAAUUAUUAUUUAACAGAACUUUGUCGAUAACAUCCUGAAAUAGAUAUUGGUAAACUUUUAGAUGUGGAUGUAGAAAAAGUGAGUUUUAUAUAACAUCAAGACAAAUUAACAGAAUUAAUUGAAAAAAGAAUAAAUUAAGAAGAAUUAGAUUAAAUAAUAAGUAAGGAUGAAAAAAACAAUUUGGUCAAAGUAUAUAAAGAAUCUAGAUAUGAUUAAUUUGAACCUGAAUAUAGUAAAAAGAAUAAAUUAAAAAUGACUACCUUUAAAAAAUAAAAAGAAAUUUAAGAUAAAUUAUUUGCAUAAAUAUUUGAAGAUGAAGUUUAAAAUAAAACUUAGAAAGUUGAUCUAAAUAAAUUUUUUAGAGCUCCUUCUUAAUAAAUAUCUAAUAAGAUUAAACGAAGAUUAAAUUAUGGAAUCAAUUCAAAACCUUUAUCUCAUAGAUAAUCUCCUGGAAUUAGUCAUUUUGAAUCAAGACCUUAAACUGCAUUAGGUACACAUACUCAAUCAUAAACCUUUUUAACAACAAAAUAAAAAUGGGACGGAAGAGGUGUUGAUCCUGAAACUUAAUAAUAAAUGUAAGAUAUUAUUGGAUAUUGUGUUGAAUUAGAAGAUGGAUAAAAAAAAGAAAAAAAAUAAUUUAAAAGAAAAAUGAGAAAAAUGGAUUAAGAAAUAUAAAGAUCUGUAAGAACUGUCUCUGAAUAAUUUUAAAAUUAAGAUAAAUAAACAAUUUAACAUGAAGAAUUUCAAAAAUUCUAAAGUGAAACUUAAUUUAAAAGAAAACUUAUUGGUUUCUUAAUGAAUCAAGUUCCUGAUAAAAAUGAAAUUUUAAGUUAAAAAGCACGUAAAGAAUCAACAAAUAAAUUUAUUCAUAAAGUUAGUGAAUUAUGAAUUAUAAAUAUAUCCCUUUAUAAUUUCUUUAAAUUUGUCAAAAUAUUAAUGAAUAUAUUUACAUUUAUUUUACCUUUUGUAAACAUUAGAUGAAGAUGAAUAAUUUUCUCCAAAUUUUAUAUAUAUUAAAUACUUAAACUUUUAAGUAGUAACUUUGUUGAAAAUCAAAAGAUUUAUCUAGAAAAUAUGUAGUUAAUUAAAGAGAGUUUUAUUAGUUAAACGAAUUUUUUCAAGAGAAAUUUCUAUUAAAGAAGCCACUAAAGAAUAUAGUGUUAAUUUUUAUACUGAAAAAGCGAUUUUGUACUCAUACGCAUAAAAAAGUCAGGAAGAAAAAACAUGGAAUAAAUAAAAAGAAAAAGAUAAUAACUUUUAUAAUUAGAGAAUAAUUUAAUCUAUAAAUGAUUUUGAUAGAGAUAUUUAAUCAAGAAAAAGAAGUUUUUCUACUGAUUUAAAAGUAUACAUUUAUAAAUAUAAAUCUCUAGCCAAAUGAUUAAUAUAUAAUCAAUAGCUUAUUAUUAAAUUAAAAUCACAUAAAAUACGAAAAAUAUAGUUUCAACUCAAAGUUUAGAAGGAAAAAUCCAUUUUUACAGCUUGCUAAUUAUUAAAGAGAAUUAGAAAAAUAAAAAUUAAUUAAUUUUCAUUUUGUAUUGAUGAUAACUGUAAAUAUCCUUCUUAAUAAUUAUUAGUCUCUUUAACAAAAAUAAUAUUAUAUCCUUAUAAAUUCCUUUAAUUAAAGAAAAACUAAAUUGAGUUGCUUAUUUAUUUUUUAAUUAUUAUAUUAUCUAAAUCUCAGUCUUAAAUUACAAUUCAUCGAAAAAAAUUUUCUUUUAAUUAAUGUGAAUGAUAGUUUUACAAAUCUAAAUUCUAGCAUUUUAAAAAAAAAUUCUCAUAGCAGUUGCUAAUAAUUAAUCCUGGCUUCAAGAAAUAAAUUAAACAAUACAAUUAAGUUUUUUUAUAAGAAAUACUGA